CUAAACCGUAGAAUACUCAGCUCCCGAUUUUUUUUUUCCGCGUAGAAGAAGAGAAAAGCUCGCUUGAAGAAGAAGAACGAUGGCAGGAAAAGGUGAAGGACCAGCAAUCGGAAUCGAUCUCGGAACGACUUAUUCAUGCGUCGGCGUUUGGCAGCAUGACCGUGUUGAGAUCAUCGCCAACGAUCAGGGAAACAGGACAACUCCGUCCUACGUAGGCUUCACCGACACGGAGCGUCUCAUUGGAGAUUCCGCCAAGAAUCAGGAGAUUGCCGAGGCUUACCUUGGUACAACCGUGAAGAAUGCUGUGGUGACAGUUCCGGCUUAUUUUAAUGAUUCCCAACGUCAAGCUACCAAGGACGCCGGAGCUAUCGCCGGUCUCAACGUCUUGCGAAUCAUUAACGAACCCACCGCCGCUGCCAUUGCUUAUGGUCUGGACAAGAAGGCAACCAGUGUCGGCGAGAAAAACGUGCUGAUUUUCGAUCUCAGAGGCGGAACCUUUGAUGUUUCGAUUCUCACCAUUGAGGAUGGAAUAUUUGAGGUUAAGUCGACAGCUGGAGACACACAUCUUGGAGGUGAAGAUUUUGACAACAAAUUGGUGAAUUACUUUGUUCAGGAGUUUAAGAGGAAGAACAAGAAGGAUAUCAGCGGUAACCCUCGGACCCUGAGGAGGUUGCGCACCUCCUGCGAGAGGGCAAAGCGGACACUUUCAUCCACCGCUCAGACAACCAUUGAGAUUGAUUCACUCUUCGAAGGCAUUGAUUUCUAUUCAACCAUGACUCGGGCCAGGUUCGAGGAACUCAAUAUGGAUCUGUUCCGAAAAUGUAUGGACCCGGUGGAGAAGUGUUUGAGGGAUGCCAAGAUGGACAAGAACUCCAUUCACGAUGUUGUUCUUGUUGGGGGUUCUACUAGAAUCCCCAAAGUCCAACAACUCCUUCAGGACUUCUUCAACGGGAAAGAGCUUUGCAAGAGCAUCAACCCGGACGAGGCGGUUGCUUAUGGUGCUGCAGUCCAAGCUGCCAUUCUGAGUGGUGGUGAGGAUACUGAGAAGGUGAAAGAUAUCUUGCUUUUGGACAUCGCCCCGCUUUCGCUCGGUCUCGAAACCGCAGGUGGCCUCAUGACUGUUUUGGUUCCAAGCAAUACUACCAUUCCCACCAAGAAGGAGCAGGUUUUCUCGACAUACUCCGACAACCAACCCGGUGUGUUGAUUCAGGUGUAUCAGGGAGAGAGGGCGCGGACUCAGGACAAUCACUUGCUGGGUAAAUUCGAGCUUUCAGGCAUUCCUCCAGCUCCAAGGGGUGUUCCACAGAUUUCGGUGUUUUCCAAUGAAGAAAUCGAGAGGAAGCGUCAAGAAGCUGAGAAAUUCAAGGCAGAGGAUGAAGCGCACAGGAAGAAGGUUGAGGCCAAGAAUGCCUUGGAAAACUAUGUCUACAACAUGAGGAACACGGUGAGGGAUGAGAAAGUCGGUUCCAAGCUUGCCCCCGCUGACAAGAAGAAGAUUGAGGACGCUGUUGAGGCCAGCAUCCAGUGGCUGGAGAGCAACCAACUUGCUGAAAUUGAUGAGUUUGAGGAGAAAAUGAAGGAGCUGGAAGGAGUUUGCAACCCGAUCAUCGCCAAGAUGUGCCAAGGCGCUGAUGGUGCUGCAUCCAUGGAUGAUGGCAGUGUUCCUUCUUCCUCUAGAUCUGGUCCCAAGAUUGAGGAGGUCGACUAA